AUGUCAUAUCAUCCAUAUACUCCAUGUUCACCUAUCUCGUCAUCUCACAAAAUACAGGAUGUGAUGUCCAUCCUUGAAAUCAUUGUCGUCAUUGAAGUAAAAUCUCAGCUCGUUCAACCUAACUUAUCACUUCAUUCACAAUCUUAUCUGAGGACCGGGAUGGAGUAUGAAAUAUAUUGUACUCUGUACUCUGUUCCAUAUAAUGAUCCCCACAAACCGAACCCAUCAGAACAGGUGAACCAAACCCUCGGUAACUUUACAAAGCUACUCGUAUACAAACUUCAAAAUAUCAACUUCGAGCAUUUAUAA